ACGGUGGUGACGUGUCUGGGGGCGCUGCCGCGGGGGGGUCCCGAGGGCAGCCCCGAGUGCCCCGUGCUGGGCACCGAGAGCGGGGACGUGCUGGUGCUGGACCCCGAGGCCUUCACCGUCAUCUGCAAGGGCUGGGUGCCGUCGCCCCCCGCGUUCGUGGUGCCGCGCGGCCCCGGGGACGGGCGGUGCCGCCUGGGGGUGGCCUGCAGGGACGGGACCCUGCGGGGGCUCAGCCG